AUGGGAAAAGGACCAGGUCUCUACUCCGAUAUCGGCAAAUUAGCCAAAGAUCUUUUGACAAAGGAUUACAACUCCGAUCAGAAACUCACCGUUAAAUCUUUCAGCACCACCGGAGUGGCCCUCACUUCAACUGCUCUGAAGAAAGGAAGACUCUCAACUGGAGAUGUGGCAGCACUGUACAAGUAUAAGAACACCCUUAUUGAUGUCAAACUUGACACAGCAUCAACUAUCAACACGACCCUCACAUUCACCGACCUUUUUCCAUCCACGAAGACUAAAGUUUCAUUUAAGCUGCCUGAUUAUAAUUCUGGCAAGUUAGAGAUUCAAUACUUCCAUGACCAUGCUACCAUAACCUCUGUCGCUACACUCAAUCAAUCGCCUAUCCUUGAUGUUUCUGCUACUUUCGGUACCCCAACCGCCGCAGUUGGUGCUGAGGCAGGCUAUGAUACUAAAUCUGGUCAGUUUACUAAAUACAACACUGGGAUUAGUUACACGAAAGCCGAUUCAUCUGCGGCCGUAAUCAUUGGUGACAAGGGUGACAGCAUUAAAGUAUCAUACCUCCACCAUCUAGACAAACUCAAGAAGAGCGCUGCUGUUGUGGAUAUCACCAGAAGGUUCUCAGCAAAUCAGAAUACUAUUACGGUUGGUGGGUCUUUUGCUAUUGACCCUCUGACACAGGCCAAAGUAAGGUUCAACAAUUACGGAAAAGUUGGGGGCCUGCUACAGCACGAGAUUUUCCCCAAAUCAGUGCUGACUAUUUCCGGUGAGGUUGAUACCAAGGCCUUGGAUAAAAAUCCCAAAUUUGGUUUGGCUAUUGAUCUCAAACCUUGA